AUGACCACAAUUGCCAACACCAGAAACACUUUAGGAGCUCCAUACGCCAUCCAGGUGAACAACACGUUGAAUCCCGAAAGGAUUGUACCCUGCACUCCAGAAAUUGACGACCCUAGCAACUACAAGCAAAUUGAUGAUGACAAUGUUUUCGGCAUUUCGACUGGGCACUGGAGUACCAAUCUUUUUGCCAUUUCCGACAACCUUGUGCCGAAUGCGUUCAUGGCCUCCUUGUGCCCUUGUGUAUCGCUCGCGCAGAUCACGAGUCGUCUGGGGUUAUUGCCGUUUAGCACUGCGCUGUUGUCGUUUGGGAUUCUAUGCUCGCUCGAGUUGUUUGUAUUGGUGCUUGCCGUCGUGCAGUAUGUCUUAGUGGAAAUGCUCGGACGAAAUGGGGGCGGACAUCACUAUCACGAUGAACACUACCACGCGAUCAACACCGUGCUCGUGGUUGUUGCAGUUCUGAUACAUGCAACUUUUAUUACUGCUCUGUGGCUUCUACGCAAGCGUAUCCGCAAUCAGUUCGAGAUUCCAGGCUCUAACAUGGUUGACUGCGUAUUGGUUGCUUGUUGCCCAUGCCUCUCAACAGCCCAGAUGGCUACUCACAUUAAGAGCUACCAACCUGGCUCGUGUUCGUUCGGACCUGUCGACACACUUCCUCGCUAUCAGUGA